AUGGCGGAGGAAGAAGUGGCACCGCCAGAGGUGCAUCAUUACGAAAGUAUUGAAGAAGUUCCCUGGGAUAUUCAAAAUUACUGGUCUCAACGGCACCGCAUCUUUUCCCGAUAUGACGAUGGAGUAUGGUUGACGGAUGAUGCUUGGUUUGGAGUUACUCCAGAACCAGUGGCAAACAAAAUAGCAACACAUCUCGUUGAGAACGCUCCGGCUGGGCGCUGUAUCUUGGUGGAUUGCUUUGCCGGCGCGGGAGGCAAUACGAUCGCAUUCGCAAAGACAGGCAAAUGGAAGCGUGUCUAUGCCAUCGAGAAAAACCCCGCCGUUCUGCAAUGUGCCAAACACAAUGCCAAGAUCUACGGUGUUGAGGACAAGAUCACCUGGUUCGAGGGCGACUGCUUCGAGAUCCUGAAGAACCAAUUAAAAGAUCUAGCACCAUACAGUGUGAUUUUUGCAAGCCCACCUUGGGGUGGCCCGGGAUAUCGUUCAGAUCAGGUCUUCAACCUACGGACCAUGGAGCCAUACUCCCUCGAAAAACUCUACAAGGAGUAUUCGCUUUUCACUCCUCACGUCGCUCUGUAUCUGCCCCGGACAUCAGAUGUGAGGCAGAUGGCCAAGUUUGUGCCUGAGGGUCGCAAGGCCGAGGUGAUGCACUAUUGCAUGGAUGGGCAUAGCAAAGCGCUGUGUAUCUUCUACGGCGAUUUUAAUAACCACUCAUAG